AGGUUAUAUAAAACAAGGCCCAGAACGCUGUACCUUAGCAGAAUUAUUAUCUGGCAAACAAGCAGGACCAACGAAGGACGCCAAAUAUCGCAAUGAUGGAGCUCCAAAUCAUAUUCCUGAACGGCGCAACUUACCCCCUGGUGGUGAGUCCAAGCAACACCGUCGGAGAGUUGAAGAGACUCAUCCAGUUGCUGAGCGGCGAUGCACCUGCGCGUCUGAAGCUCAACGCAAACGGGACCAACUUCAGCAAUGAUUCCAGUACACUCGGUGCCAUCGGCUUGCAGUCUGGUUCCUCCAUCGUGGCUCUGGUGCAUGAUCCCGUGCCUAUUCAGGUGUUCGUAAGGAACGAGGGUCAGUCUAAAACCUAUGACGUGACCCCAGGUGAAACAGUGACUGAUCUCAAACGUAAGGUCUACAACAAGGAGAGGGUUCCAGUGGACCAGCAGAGACUGAUUUACAAUGGCAAGCAGCUGGAAGAUGGACAAAAACUGGAGGACUAUGGCAUUCAGUCAGGCAGCACCAUCCAUCUCACACUCCGACUCAGAGGAGGUUGAUUUGAAAAUGGACAGGAUCUAUUUAAUUAAACACGAUUCAUUCCGAUGCCAAAUGUUUCUAUUUAUUAUUAACUAUUCAGCCAUAAUGAAAGAAGUAAAUGAAAGAAGUUAAUCCUACUUCUGGACGCUUCUUCACUUUCCUUUUUGUCUGUUGUUUGCUUGGUUUUUGGCUAUUGUGUUAUUGUAGACACCAGUGCAAUUGCAUUGCACCAUUGUACUUUCAUAGUCUUGAAUAAACAUAUGUAAAAAGUUG